UGUGUUAGUAUUUCCUACAUGAUUUUUCCCCGCGAAAGUUUGACAUGGGAUUGUUAUUGUAUUUGUUAUGAGAUGGAUGUUGAAGAAAUGGAAGUGGAUGGAUUGGAAAAUCACAGUUUAAGAAAUGAUAAAAUUCCCAAAACGUUAUGUGGACUAGAUUUUUGUUUCCAUGUUUUCAAUAAAAUGUAUAUCGAUGACAUUAUCGCUCUGGAACAGUGUGAUGUUAUACCAGGAAUGUACUGGUAUAAAAGGCAUCCAAUUUACAAAGUUGACAUAAUGGGAGUGGUGGUGAAAAGGCAAGAAAAUGUUUGUUGUUUCAUCUAUGCAGUGGAUGAUGGAACAGGUGUCAUCACAUGUUGUUGUUGGAAAAGCAGAUUACAUGACCAAAGCUCAGAGGAUAUAGAAACUACUCUCCAAAGAUGUCGAAAUCUACCAGAAGUGCUAAGAAAGAAGAUGUCAGGUGUUUUGAUGUCAGAGGCCAAGAAGAAGGAGGGAUAUAGUUUAGGGGACUUAGUUCACAUCAGAGGCAAAAUCAAGAUCUUUCGAGGGGAGCGGGAAGUAGUGGCAUCAUACCAUAAUAAACUUGAAGAUCCCAAUAUGGAAAUAGUUAGAAUGUCAGAACUACCCAUCUUGUAUAGAACUCUCUAUGACAUGGAUACAUUACCCAAGAAAGUAUUAGAAGAGCUAUCAGAAAUGUCUGGUCAAAAGAAAGGAAUAUGUCAUGGCGAGAUUGUUCCUGAACUGAAGAAAAUUUUGGUAACUUUUAUUGAAGAUCAACAACCAGAGGAGAUUAGUGUUGAGCAUGUUAGUAAAAUUCCAGGGGUUACUGUUCUCCUGAAAGAGAUGAAAACAUCGGAGGAAAAGAAUACCCAGAUACAGAGCGCCCUGGAUGUCUUAGAGGGAGAAGGGCGUGUGUUUACUAAACAGAAGAACCACGUAUACGGGGUGAUAAACCCUGGAUGUUCCAUGGAAAGACUCAUCAUGGAUAUUUUGAAGAGAGAUUGUGUUAAAGAGAAAUUUCAGAAUGAGGGCUGUCAUAACUUGCAUAUCGUGGACGAAGUUCGGAAAUCCCCUGACUACAGUGCUAUCACAAACUCGUGUGUCCUGACUUGUCUGAAUAACCUGGAAUACCAAAGUGAUGUUAUAAGAACCUCAUUUACUAAAUAUUUCCUUUGUAAAAUAUAAAUGUCAUGUUUUCAUCUGUCAACAUUUUUAUUCAAGUUUUAAAUGUUCAAAAAGUGCAUUACGUUGUAUUUUACCUUCAUAAACAUUGCUCAUUUUUCACGUGAAAAAUUGUCAGGAAUACUGUAAGCAUAUUGAUGCUCACGAGAAAAUGAACUGUAUUGGCAUAGUUCGCUAUUCUAUGAUGAUCGGGAGAAUUUCGAUUAUUUUGUGCUGUUUACUAUAAUUGUGUCGUUCGCUGUGUAUUAGAACCAUUAUAACAGGAGCUUGGACUUUGGGUAGUUGUGUCAAACAGCAAUGUCACGUAUGCCUGUCUAUUUCAUUGCUGCCCACUCAGUGAAAGCUCAUUGAAAUCAACACGAUUUGUCUGGCUUCUGAGCUAACACUACGCAAUCGGUGCAUAUUUCACUUGAAUCCAGCAUCAUUUUAACAUGUUUUGACGCAAGAAGUGAUAGCUACGUCCUACGGAAAGUCCAAGGCCUUGUAAUAAUGGUUUUAAGUUUUAAACGAUAAGUACAGGUCUGUUCAUUACAUUGCAAUCAGUUGGAUCAAAUUAAAGAACCAGGAGUGUCAUAAAAGGGUGAGAAAGAUGUGGGCUCAUAUUUCCCUUUAAAUUGUUGUCUCCACCUGGGCUGCUAUCAAGAUCAUAACAAUACGGACAAGGCUCCCAGCCGUUAGCUCCUAGAUAUCAAGUUCUGUAGAACAGAUCGUUUGUUUCGCCGCUAUGUAACAUUGAAACUCCAGUGGAAAGUACUAGAUGGUAUGCUGCUAUUUGUUAACCGCUGCGAAGUUCUUCGGCAAGGUGUGCCCAAGUGAUAGAGGGAUGCCGAUCUAUGCCAGAAGGCGUUGAAGUGGUUGGCCAACACCUUGCUGCAACUGGAACUGUAAGGAUACCAAGGAUUAUCGGCUAUUGCCCGGAUGUGCCCUGUUUGUCCCUGAGGUUUUCAAGGAUCCGACGAGAGUUUCUCCCUCGACUGUUUCUCAUGCGCGGACCCUUGCAUCUCGCCAUGUCGCACCAAUUUAGUAGUUAAUAAUGAAACUAGUAUGAUUUUGUUACUCCACCAACAGGUGAAUUUGCAAUAUCAAUGCCUAGAACGACCUUACUGCCCAAUCACGUAAAUUACCUGGAGAUGUAUCUUUUUCCGUUAAUUUUUUUUAUAUUGCAGAAAAAUGUUACUUUUAUAUCAGUAACAUUAAAGAAGCAUCAAUAGGUUUACAUACUGAAUAAAUAAAUGAGAGAACAUUG